GUAGCCUACAUUUGUCCAUGUUAAACAGCGGUGAAAGGUGCACUAUGGGUCGUCUAGAUGGGAAAGUGAUUGUGUUGUCUGCUGCCGCGCAAGGGAUUGGACGUGCUGCGGCAAUAGCAUUCGCAAAGGAGGGAGCUCAAGUCACAGCGACGGACAUCAAUGGAGAAAAGCUGAAGGAACUGGACAGCAUUCAAGGGAUCAAGACCAAGGUCGUGGAUGUCACAAAGAAGGACCAAGUUGAAGCCCUGGCCAAAGAACAUGAACAUGUCGAUGUGCUGUUCAACGUGGCUGGGUUUGUGCACCAUGGCUCCGUCUUGGACUGCGAAGAGGCCGACUGGGACUUCACGAUGAACACGAACGUCCGCAGCAUGUACCUCAUGUGCAAAGCUUUUCUGCCCAAGAUGCUGGAAAAGAAGUCAGGAAACAUUAUAAACAUGGCAUCUGUUGCAUCAAGCAUAAAAGGGGUUGUGAAUCGAUGUGUCUACAGCACCUCCAAGGCUGCAGUGAUCGGACUCACCAAAUCUAUAGCAGCUGAUUUCAUUGAUAAAGGCAUUCGCUGUAAUUGUGUUUGCCCCGGUACUGUUGAUACUCCAUCACUUAGAGGAAGGAUCCAGGCCCAGCCUGACCCUGAAGAGGCUUAUAAGGCUUUCAUGGCACGGCAAAAAACUGGGAGGAUGUGCACAGCUGAGGAGGUGGCGUACCUUUGCGUGUACCUGGCCUCAGAUGAGUCUGCCUAUGUGACCGGGACAGAGCAGAUCAUUGAUGGAGGAUGGAGACUCUGAAUACUGUAGGAAGCUCAUCCUGACAGUAGUGGGAGGCAGUUGCUUCCUUUCUCUGUCGAAGCUCAUUUAACGUGCACAGAAAUUAACUUGCAUCAUCUAAAAUAAUUACGUGAAUGACCUUUUUCCAUUUCUGUCUGCAACUGAAAUUCGUGCUAUGAAGAAAUGUUUGCAUUUAAGUGCAUUUCAGGCUUUCCCCAAAGGCAGUCCUUUUGUAAAAUGGCAUAUUAGAAUAAA